UAGCUCUGCAAAAACAAGCAUACGGCUAUCCCCAGUAGCACCCCGGUACACAAACCCGACAGAGCGUCACGUCGGGCGCUCCGCGUGCCUAGGGGUAACGUGGAGUCUGUCUCGUCUCGAUCACACGCGAUGAGCGCCACGCGUCACGUGCUACUUGCGCGUGACACUUGGCACGUCACGACGUAAUUCUCGAUGACGAUCUCGACCCUAUAACAUCCUCGCGCCGGUAAAAAACCGUUGUCCUGAUCAUGGACAAAUUUUGCACUUUCCUUCGCGACGAAUCUCUCAUCAAGACAGCCAGUCAAAUCGUGCCAAGAUCUCGGGAUUACGCACGCAGAAAACUGUUAUUCAACGUAGCAUAGAUUGUGACUUAUCUGACAGUACUAUCCGGACGUUCCAGGCGCGAUCUCUUCGACCAUCGAUAGAUCUCGAGACAUUGAGAGGUGAUCCAGAAGUGUUCUCGGCGUGAGAAAAUUGAUGAGGAGUAACGUAACAAGAAAAUUGCGCGUGUAUGAAGUCGAUGAUAAUCGCGCGAAGAUGAGCGUGUCGGGAUGAAAUGACGAGCAAAAUCGGUAGCGUGCAAUAUUCGGUCGUUACAAAUUCGCGGAUUUCGCUCUCGAGGAUUUUACCGCAGAAGAUACGGCAGCAUGAAGACGAGGACUCAUCGAAAAGUUUGAUGCUUAUACGCGAGCUGAAACUUGUCCCAUACUCGUCGUUUUUGGUGACGGUCGCCUUAGGAUAACGGGAUCGAAGCGUUUUAUGAUUGAGACUGCUUCGUAGUAAAUCUCUUUUUCUCUCUUCCUCUUUCUCACUCUCUAUCUCUCGUCUUCCCAACUUUCCUGGACUUCUUCGCAAGAGAUUAUAUAGAACUCGAGGAAUCAUUAGAGCGUUAUCAUCACUGGUUGAUGUCGGCCAAACUUCGUCCGGCCGUCGAUAAUUCGUAGGAAUCGUCCAAUCAUAGUUUGAUAUCUCGUCGUCGGUCGCGCCUUUAAUAACUGCGUCAUGUGUAAUGAUUGAUCGUUCCCAGCUUUCGAGAAAAAGAGAGAGAGAGAGAGAGAAAGAAUGAUUUCUUUAAUAUAGUAUGCACGAAUCACGUUGGCAAUCAGAAAUGAACAUUCAUUUAAUCGGCACUCUUUUAUCGAGCUGAUCAUUGUAUGACAGAUUAGGCUCAUCUCGAAAAGAACUCAAUGUGUAUUGUUUAGGAUGCGACAGGAAUUUCUGCUGGAUGUGACAGUCAAGGUGCUGAACUGAUUUUAAAGAAUUAAUUCGCAUUUUCACAGACCCUCGACCUUUCACGAACGUGUGAACAUUUAGAGUAGUCCUUAUCAUCUGUUCGCGAGAGUGAAUCGGUGCGGAGCGUGUUACGAACAAUACAGAUUAUUUCGGGCAUGAGGAUUGGAUGCUGCGAUCGGCUGGCAGGAUUUACACGCCACAUUCGAAACGCUGGAGGAAGAUUCUGACCGCUCGCACUAGUGAUUUUCCGUCGUACCGGAUUAUAUACCGUAUUAAGCUGCACGAUUCCCUUAAGAGACGUCCCGAGACUGCUGCAGUAAUGGAGGCCCGGCCGUUUCCCAACUUUCUUAUUCAACAUGUUUUGAGAGUAAUUUAACUUGGACUCCGGCCGAAGAGUGGCAGUUUCAGCACGCCGGAGGCGUGGGGAGGAACAUCGAGGCUCUCCUCGAGAUAAAACGCGCGGAAGGAAAGUGACUACCGUGAUGCGGGACCCCGGCCUGGCAAAGUUCGUGUUCCAUUCGUCGCGAACGAAUUAGGGAAAGCCCCUCGGACAGAAGAACGGCCCUCGUCCCCCGGCCGAUUCCGACCGGUUGCCCGGCCACCCUGUCCGAUACCGACGACCAAGGUCGCCGUACGGUUAUGCUAGUGGCGUCGCUUCAGGUGGCCGCCAGCAAAUGCUGUCAUGCCGCUGCCAUGCCAGCCGGCGGCCCGCAUCUGGCCGCUGGUCGCAACUCACUGUCAUUCGUGGACCCAGAUCAGAUUACGGAGCCGCUGCUAUCCGCGCGUGGGACUCGUGCUGCUGCUCGUCCUGUUAACUCUGACCGGUCGCGGUCGCGCGGCUUCCUCUCAACCUGUGACCCGUUACGCCUCGCGCAUCGUCGAGACCAAGAGCGGACAGAUACGCGGAAUACUUCAGGAGCUGAACAGCCGGCAUUUGGACCCCGUGGAAGUGUUUCGCGGCAUACCUUACGCCGCGCCUCCGGUGGGAGAGUUAAGAUUCCGCGCUCCGAACUCGCCGAUACCUUGGAGCGGCGUCAAACUGGCGGACACCUUCGGUGCGGUGUGCCCGCAAAACUAUCCGGAUCUUACCAAUGACACUGCCGCGCUUCUGCAAAUGCCGCACGGCAGGUAUCAACAGCUCAAAAAAAUGAUCAUAUUCUUGGCCAAUCAGAGCGAGGACUGCCUCUUUCUCAACCUGUAUAUACCCGGAAGCGGAUCUCGAGGAUUGGAGGCGCCGUAUGCGGUGAUGAUUUACGUACACGGUGAGAGUUUCGAAUGGGGAUCGGGUAACAUGUACGAUGGGUCCGUUUUGGCGAGCGCCGGCCACGUCAUAGUGAUCACACUCAACUAUCGUCUCGGCAUCUUAGGAUUCUUGAGGACUCGUCCAUUCGCCGACAGGACGAGCGGAUCUGGCGGGAAUUUGGCUUUAAAGGACAUCACGAUGGGACUCCGCUGGGUGCGUGAGAACAUCGGCGCUUUCGGCGGCGAUCCAACGCGAAUAACUCUAAUGGGCCAUGACACUGGAGCGGCGUUAGUGAAUCUGUUACUGCUCGCGCCUUAUAGCAAAGGAUUAUUUCAUCGUGUGGUGUUAUCCAGCGGCUCCGCGCUAAGCCCCUGGGCCUCGGUGCACGAUCCGAACGACCUCAGGACGAAGAUCGGCGAGCAGAUGGGCUGUUCGACCGAGGGCGACGAUGACAUAGCCGAUUGCUUACGAGGAGUACCGUUGAAGACGCUUCUGAAUGUGCAGCUACCCGAGAUCAGAUUCGUGCCUCGCAUAGGGCCUAGCCUACCGGUGGACCAAAACAAUCCCGAUCCAGGUCUGGACAUGGAACGCGCGAGCGACUCGUUUAUCAAGGUGCCGCUGAUCCUGGGCGUUUCCACGACCGAGUCCAACCUCGACUUCAACGCUAACGAUAUCCAGUACGGCUUCGAGGAGGAUCACCGUAACCGCAUUCUGCGCACCUUCAUCCGUAACGCUUACGUCUACCAUCUGAACGAGAUCUUUUCAGCAGUGAGAAACGAGUACACGGACUGGGAUAAGCCGGUGCUUCACCCUAUCAUAAUACGCGACUCGACCAUGGAGGCGUUGAGUGACGGUCACACGGUCGCGCCGCUCAUGAGGAUCGCCUUCUAUCAUGCCAGACGGGGCGCCAAGACGUACUUUUAUCACUUUAAUCAUCAGUCCAAGGACAACGGCUACGUACAGCGUCUGGGGAGCGUUCGUGGGGAAGACAUACCGUACAUUUUCGGGCUACCGCUGGUAGCAGGCGGGGCUUUCUUCCCGCGGAAUUAUUCCCGACAAGACCAGGGCGUUGCGGAGGCCGUCCUCACCUUCUUCACCAAUUUCGCCAAGACCGGCAACCCGAACGAGCCGCAUAAGAUCGAGUCGGUCGACUAUGGCACGCCGAAGGAGAAGACGCGAUUCCGCGGUCUCACUUGGGAACAAUAUGAGACAGGCUCUCAGCAGUACCUCACGAUAGCAUUAAAGCCAAAAAUGAAAAGCCAUUAUCGCGGCCAUAAAAUGGCAGUAUGGCUCAAUCUGAUACCACAGCUUCAUCGUCCUGGUGACGACGACGUUUCCAUGCGGCAUCAUCAUUUCAGAGAACGAGGCGAUCAUUAUUACGCAGGACCGGUUCGAGAUGAAUGGUAUACGCCAUUGCCGUUGACAGGCACAACGCGGACGAGCGCUUCCUCGACCACUGCCUGCAGCACAUCUACCGGUGACGACAUCGAGAUGAUUACGUCGAUUCUCGACGAUUCCGAAGACGACGCCGAGCUACUUCAGAGACUGGCAUCUCGUCAUUACUAUAGUACUACUACCGCUCUAGCGAUCACUGUGGGUGUCGGUUGCAUCCUCCUAGUGUUAAACAUGCUGAUCUUUGCCGGAAUUUAUUAUCAGCGUGAUCGCGAUAAAAAACGCGCCGCUAUGGACUGCAGACCAAACGGACAGGAGUCCCUACCGAUGACCACCAGGACGUCCAUAAAGCCUUCCGAGGGCGCGCGACCUACGCAGGAGCCACCACCUUCGUACACCACCCUCGCGAGAAGUCCCUCCAUCCAGGAACAGCAACAGUCUCAGGGUAGCCCAGACUGCGAGCAAUCGAACAGAAAGGAGCUAAGAGGAUCCGGUCAUGGGACCAGCAAGGAUUCGAUUCCGCCAAAACCGCCCGCCAGAACAACCAGCUCACUCACCACUGCCGGUAACACCAACACCAUCAAGAAACGUGUGCAGAUACAAGAGAUAUCCGUAUAGCAUUAGGGGUUGCCCCUGGAGGGCAACGCGCGAACGAAACGAGUGACUUUUGUAGACACGGAAAAGGCCACCUCGGCAGAGUCCAGAUUUUGAAUGACACUUUCUCAUUUGAUUAGCGAGGAUGAACAGAUUGGCCUGACUUGGUGAAGGGAACUUGGAAGUUCUCGUUUAUAUCGCGAUUACGUGAGUGUAAUGCGAAAGAACUUGUAACAGAAUUAUUUACGUCUGAAUCGUGAUUUCAAGUAACUUAACGAUUGGAAUUAUGUACUUGACUGCAGUAGGAUAUUAUUGCUGACUGUUACUACUUGCAGUUCGCGAUUAUGGCUGACUUAUAACGCGAUCGCACUACUGAACUGUUAAAUACUGAACUGUUAUUCCUUGGAAGACAUUAUUCCUUCUUUCUAUCGGUGGAAGCGUAACAUAUUAAUAGUGUUUGUUACGACUGAUGUAAGACAUGGUAGUUGCUACUUACAAGCAGACGACGUUCUCUAUCUGGGAAAAACUCAUAUAUAUUAUAAUCAAAUAUAAAUACACAUAAAACAUGGCCAUAUAUGUUUUCUUCUUUUGUAUAAUCUCCGUAUAUGCAGAAAAAUAACAAGAAUAAUUAAAAAAUAAUUAAAAGAAUAAUUUCCCAGACAGCAUACAAAUAUUCGAAGGACAUCCAUAAGAUCAUUAAGGAUAUUGAGGAUAUCUGCAGAUGAUCCGUUUUACGUUCUUCGGACAUUUAAUGGAUGUUCGUGGUAUAUCUGUUUAUGAAAUUG